AUGCGCAAAGACUUGUCUUUCGCAUUGUGUGCGAUAUCAUCAAAAUCUUACACCCUGCGACAGGAACUUCACCAGCAACUUGCAGAGCUUCCACAGAAACUCAAGUUUAGCGUACCUGCCAAAGGUUAUCAAUCCCUUGAAAUCGUGCAGGCGUAUCUCCUCCUCACUCUUUUGGGAUGCAUGGCCGUAGAGCGUCAUGAGUGCGACAAGACUUGGUUAUUACUGGGAAUGGCCAUUAGGAUGGCGACAGACCUGAACCUGCAUCGGAAGAUAGCGAUGACCAGGCAAGAUACGCCAGAAGGUCGAGCUCGGGAUAAAGAAGUCCACGACCGUGAGCGAACAUGGCUCUUGUGCUUUGCCCUCGACAGAAGCUACGUAAUCUAG